AUGGCUGGCAAACGACGAUUGCAAGAGCUCUUUGCAAAGUAUGAUCUUUCUGGAGAUGGUGUGCUGUCCGAGUCUGAGAUGAAGAACGUCUUCAGCAAGGUCGGGAUCUCCGAGAAGGAUGCUGAGCGCAUCUUCAAAGCUGCAGACAGCAACAAGGAUGGAGUCAUACAGGUGCAUGAAUUCAUUUCUUGGCUGACGGCGCAAAAAGCAGCAGUGAAGGCUGCGCAGGACAAGACUGGCACGGUCACUGUAAACAUGAUAAACACCUCCGAUCGUGCCAGCAAGCGCUUCACCAUCACUUUCAACAGCUGCAGCAACAUGGCCUUUCCUGAAGGGAAUCCUGUCACGUUUCUGCUGCGGCCCGGCGAAGAAGUUGCCAAGACCCUCUGUGCUGUUGAAGAAAAAGGCAAGGCCUGGAAAUGGAGGUAUCGAUGGACGGCGCGAGCGGAGUAUGCUGGAACAGAGGACGACCCCAACGCUUUCAAAGAUGGCGAGUUCCCCUGUGACAGUUCCAGCAUCGGGGAGUCGUCGUCCCAGUUCAGCGUCGGAACUCCGGAAGUCUGGGUCCGUGCUCGCCUGCUCGGGGAUCCUGCAGAGGCCGUGCUAUUUGACCAGAUCCGACCCCAAGACGUCAUCCAAGGCUCACUGGGCGACUGUUGGCUUCUGUCAUCCCUGAGCUGCCUGGCCGACCACCCCGGCCGAAUCAAGGCCUUGUUUCCGAACACGAGGCAGUUGAAUGAGGAAGGCAAGUACCAUCUUCGGCUGUUUGACAUUGAGGCAGAGGCUUGGACGGAGGUCAGCAUUGACGAGUUCAUUCCGUGCAACAUCAAGAAUGGGAUACCAGCACCCACCUUUGCCAGACCCCUGGGUGAAGAGAUUUGGGUGCAGCUGCUGGAAAAAGCAGUAGCCAAGUUCUGUGGCAGCUAUGGGGCUCUUUCAGGUGGAGGUGUUGGUUGGGCCUUCCAGGUCCUCACCGGCGAAAUCCACGUCCUGUCUUUUGAGAAGCUGUCGGAUGACCUUUGGCGAAGGCGAUUCAUGCAUCAGCAGAAGCAAUUGGAACGUGGGCCGCGAAAUCCUAGAAACAGUUGGUGGAGGUGGACCAACAAAGACACGCACUCCCCGAACCAGCUUUUCCAAAUGCUGCAGGGCCAUCUGCGCGCGGAUCAUAUACUCUCCUGCAUGAUUGGGGUGGCAGAGGGAGAUGCGGCCGAACAGGCCAAGACCAAUGGCUUGUAUGUCAAGCACUACUAUGCGAUCCUCAACAUUGUUUCCGAGACACAAGAUGAUGGCACUGAUGUCCAGCUCGUCUUGCUCCGGAACCCGUGGGGCAGAAAGGAGUGGACAGGAGACUGGAGCGAUUCCAGUGAGAGAUGGGAGCAGAAUCCGCUCCUCAUGGACAAGCUGGAUGCUCGUGUCCGUAACGAUGGCAGCUUCUGGAUGUCGUUUGACGAUUGGGCUCUCAUGUACACACUUGUGGUCGUUUGUCCAUCAUCGGGUGGCCCGCCAGAGAAUCCAGAUUCUGAGACGUUUGAGGAGGCAGCCGAGUCAGACGAUGCGAUAUCGAGCUUCCUAGAUGACUAG